UGCCUGCACGGGCAGACCCAGACCGGGCCCUCGGCGGGCGGCACCGACCACGGCGGGCGCGGGGGCGCAGGACAAGGGUGGCAUGGAGCACGACGAGGAGAUCACCGCCGCCGCGCUGCGGACCAAGCCCCGGCCGCUGCCCCUCUCGGCCCUCUCCGCCUUCAGUUACGUCCCCCCGCGGCGUCUGGACCCCAAGGAGCACAGCUACUACUACCGCCCCGGCAAGACAGGAAUCACUUCCCUGUAUGACUGCGUUUUUAACCAGAGCCCAGGCUACAAUCAGAAGCUGCACCGAGAUGACAGAGAACAUGCAAAGAGCCUGGGGCUUCACGUGAACGAGGAGGAGCGCCAGCGCCCCGUGGGAGUGCUGACGUCCUCUGUCUACGGGAGACGCAUCCACCAGCUCGUGGAGCCCCUGAACCGGGACCACGGCCGUGCCAACCACGUGAAGGCUGACUUCUACAGGAAGAACGACAUCCCCAGCAUGAAGAGCCCCGGCUUUGGGCACAUUUCUCCUGCCUGAUGCCCCAGCUGCGGCCUAGACUGAGGGGUGGCCCAGACAGGCAGUGCUGGGGCUUUGUCUCCCCUAGCGUGGAGGGCACGGACCUGGCCGCAAGCCACGUGCGCCUGGACAGUGGUGGGGGAGGGGGGACCAGCCUGCGUUGAGGACCCUGGCUGCAGCUUCCGAUCCCUGUGACAACCAUCUCGCGUGAUCGCAUCCAUUGAAAUGAUGCUAGACACUGAGCCACGGGGAGCGCGUGAAUAAAAAGAAAAUUGUUCCCACUU